GUUGAUCCCAACUGGACAUAACCAAAACCCGCACACAUCGUUCUGAAAGCCACGGCCCUGUCUCGAGGUUGGAUCAACAUACUGAAUCUUGGGCACUGUCAGCGGCUCCGGGAUCCUGUUAGAAGAUCCACACUCCAUGGACGCCAGAUCCGUGACAGCCACGGCAGCAGCCAUGUCCAUCUUGUCUUCGGAACGUCCGUCUGUUGCGCCGGACAUUAUCUGUUCUCAAAUAUCCUUCACAUUGUCGCUCAGGACAACGGAGUCGAGCUCUGGGAUGAGCUUGCGGAAAGCUUUGUAUGUGUCGUGGGCACGUUCACCUCUGCCAGCAGAGGCCAUUCGUUGUUGGCCAUGGCCGCCUCGUGGUCCAAACCCUCGGAAACUGCAACGUGAGCGCUCUCGAAGAGGUGCACGACCCGGUAGAACUGCCGUCCAGUGAAAUUGAGCGAAUUGUCCUACCUGGGAUCAUUCUUCUUCGGCGCCUUUUGCGCCUGAAGUGUGAUGACUUCGCGCAAGGCCAUGUUGUCGUCAGAGGAGUGUUGUGGCGAUGAGGGCGGCAGGUCAGUGAGAGGGUGACGGGGUGAGCUGGAGGAGGGGAACGAGGAGGAGAAGUGAGACAUGGUGGGAGAGGAGAAGGAAGGAUUGGCAGCCGCACAUCCUUUCAUCCGUACCCCCUGGCUGACUCCACCGCCGCCGCCAUCACGAUCGGUUGCUCUAUGGCUAAGUGAUUUCCCUGCGCACUAGUCCGUUUUGAGACUUACCCACUUCCGUAGUUGCUCUCCCUCACCCGUACCCGUCUCUAUUCCUGGGGUGAAGCCUCUGCGGCUACUGGGCCAUCAAACUUUUGUGUUUCAGUAUCCAACAAUGUAUGCACUGGUUCUUAUCUCGAUUUUAUUUGUGAUUUCUGCCAUGUCUCCGUGCACCGGCUGCGGACACAACUUUGGGAGCGCUUCAGCCUUGUCCUCGCACAUGAAGGCUUGCACCAGCUUCGACAAGAGCAUAUCUUCAACUCAAAACACGUUACUAGCCUUGAAAGCCACCCGAGCGGGGAAAGCGAGGAACUCAGUGGGAAGGAGAAAGAAGACGACUGAUCUGAGCAGUCGGAAAGAGCGAUCAACACCUUUUCCAUCCGAUCCUCCUGCGCCGUGUUCCCCUCAACCCGACCCCGACAUCGAGAUGCGACUGGGUUCUCCGCCAGGGUCUCCACCUGCUAUACCUGGUCCCAAAGACCAUGACCACGACAUGGAUCCUGCACCACCACCCCCAAAUCCACCUUCGCCGAGUCCGCCUCCUGUUCCUCCUUUUCCGAAUCCUCCUCCAUCCACUCGUCUCUCUGGUCGGCCGGCACGAACUGUUAGAAGACCAGCACGUUUCCGGGAUGAGAUACCAGAUCAGCUGCCGCCUGCUCCUCAAAUUGGCACGGCCGGGGAAGAACAUGAAGAAGAAGAGCCAGAAUUGGCUAUCCGUCGGGUUACCCUGCUUGUGCGCGACCGGUUCACCACGGCAGUGAACAAGUUUGGGCUCUAUCGAGAGUACCUUCAUCGCCCGACGUAUGAUCCCGACGCUCUUGUGGAUCUUGAGCAGCUAGCAAACAAACCGAAGCUGCUUGAAACCCCACCAGUUCCGGGAAGCACGGAUAGAACGCACAAUGUUCCCCCUGUUUAUGAGUCAGAGAAGCUGCUGUUUGGAUGGAACGAUAACGGGAACGUACAGAAGUCAGAUGGAGAGCUUGAAGCUCUGGUGCACGACGUGAUCCAACAACCGGGCUUCGAUCCCGCAGAGUUCAAGCGGAAUUGGCGCACAAGUGAUGCUCGUGCUCGAUUGGACAAGUCCUUCGAGAAGGACAAUCCGCUACUUCGGGAUUUCGAGGCCCGGACCGUCAAGAUUGAAGUUCCCUCUGGUUCACGAGAUGUCCCUCCCAAAUUCAUCCCUGUUCCUGGUCUGCUUAUGCGGAAGAUCACCACUAUCAUCACAGAGGCCUUUACCGGUCCUCUCGGCGAGCACUUCCACUUCUCACCCUUCAAACUCUUUUGCACAUUCAAGGAUCCUGUGAAUCCUGUACGGAUCUUCUCUGAGCUCUACAAUUCGAAUGUAUUCAUUGCUGAGCAUGAUAAUGUUCGUCUUCGCGGCAAGCUUCCUCCCGAUGCGCCUAAAUGCAAGCUUGAGAAGAUUGUGGCUGCGCUGAUGUUCUGGUCGGAUUCAACUCAUCUGGCCAAUUUUGGGCCCGCGAAGAUGUGGCCGCUCUAUAUUCACUUCGGAAACCUCUCGAAAUAUAUCCGUGCACAUCCAAGCUCAGGAUCGGCACACUACGCAGCAUUCAUACCUGAGAAUGCGUUUCUCGAAAGUCUGGGUGAUGAUUUCGAGCUUCAUAGGAUGCUCGUAGUUGAUCUCAUGCACGAGUUCGAACUGGGUGUCUGGAAAAAUGUGUUCAUACAUCUUCUGCGUCUGCUCGAAGCACAGCCUGGUGGUCAGUCUCUCAUUGGCACGCUUGAUUCUCGUUAUCGUCAAAUGCCUCGCUUCGGACGUGAUACCAUCCGUCGCUUCUUCACAAAUCCUUCCGAAAUGAAGAAGCUGGGCGCUCGCGACUUCGAAGACCUCCUACAGUGCGCCAUCCCUGCGUUCUCGGGCCUCUUCCCUGGCAAGCAUGACCGUCGAGUGUGCAGACUGUUAUUCCGGAUGGCCGAAUGGCAAGCGUUUGCGAAGCUGCGGAUGCACACUGAUCGUACCAUCAAUCAUCUCGAAACCCUCACUCCUCAGCUCGGAGCUCUGCUCCGGGAGUUCACCAAGACUACUUGCGCUGAGUUCGAGACGUAUGAGCUUGCAAAGGAGACUGCAGCUCGGAACAAGCGGCAUGAGAAUGCGGUUACUCGUGCACGAGAGGCUGAUCCAGAUGCGCCUCCGCCUGUUCGUCGGGCAGGCACAGGCGCAGGGCGUGUCAAGAAGACGCUCAACCUGAAUACAUACAAGACACAUGCGAUGGGUGAUUAUGUCACGACAAUCCUGGAUUUUGGUCCUACCGAUGGUUAUUCGACACAAAUAGGAGAGAGUCUGCACCGACUAAUCAAACGAUUCUACUCCGUCACAAACAAGCGCGGUUUUGAGGCCCAGAUUGGCCGUCGGGUGAUACGGCUUCAACGGGCCCGAGCACACGGAGCACUAUGGAAGAAGACUCAUCAGCACGUUAUUGGCAUCUCCCAACGCGACUCGCUAGGAGAUGAGCAACUCAAUUUGCACCAUCAGACCUCGAAAAGUAAUAAGUACCCGCUCGACACGCACACGUACUUCCGCACAAACCGCUCUGACCCGGCCUUCUUGGAAUUCAUUCCCAAACUACAAGAUCACUUACUUGCUCGCUUUGUUGAGCGCGAAUUCGAUGCAGAUGACCACGACGACUUCUCUGAUGCCGAUCGAAAUACCGUCCGACUUCUCGGCAAUCGCAUCCUCCGUUCAAAGACAAUCCGGAUCAACUACACCACAUACGAUGUACGACGAGACACCGAGACACUGAAUCCACGGUUACAACCUUUUGUCAUGGUGAUGUCUGCUGUUGAGCAGCCGGAUCCCUAUUGGUACGCGCAAGUUAUUGGAGUCUUCUCUGCUGUUGUCUUUCGAGAGCUGCAGGCAGGGCAAUACAAAGACUUGAACAGGGAGGAGAAGAUGCAAGCAGAUGCUGACCGUAUUCCCCGACGAAUGGAAUUCCUCUGGGUUCGCUGGCUUGGCCCGGUGCCUGGAACUCCAAUUGGAUUUCGCCGUGCCGCGCUGCCCAAGGUUGGCUAUGUGCCCGAGACAGACAAGUAUGCUUUCGGCUUUCUCGAUCCGGCUCGCGUCCUCCGCGGUGCACAUCUGAUCCCCGACUUCGACGGCGGCCAAACUAACUCUCUUUUGGAGACGACGGACCCAACGGCUGCGCGGAUUUCCGAUGACACCUCCGACUGGGAAGCGUUCUUUGUAAAUAUUUUUGCUGAUCGUGAUAUGAUUCUGCGAUACUUUGGCGGUGGAGUUGGACAUCAGAAAAUCGACACCCACGGAUUGGACGAUGACGAAGAAUGGAGUGACGAAGACGAUGAUUCGGACAAUGAGCGGCCGAUCAUUCCACCACCUCUGUAUGACUCCGAGGAAGAAAGAGACGAGGACGAGGAUGAUGGUGGAGAGGACGACGAGGAAGAGGAAGAGGACGAGCUGGAUCUGCCCCCCGAAGAGGAGGAGGACGCUAUUGUGCCCAGUCUUGGUUUUGCGGAGCCGUAGUUGAAGCCUUCGUUGGCACUUAGAUAUCGAAGUAAUCAAUUGCUCGAUCUCCUUUCUUCUGGCCUGCUUUUGCAACAGCAGCUCUACAUUAUGCUUAAGGUGUCGCAGACAAUACCGCGCAGUGGAGAUACGACCAGUAGCGAUCACCUAGAAGACAGAGUCUCAGCGAGUGUAGAGACACAGGAGCUAUAUCAUUAGCUGUACCUAGAAGACAGAGUCUAUGGUACAAGUCAUAAGUAAGGUCAUUAGAUCGUAAGAGAGAAUGCAUACCUCAGCGAGUGUAGAGACACAGGAGCUGAGGAUAUGGAGCGUAUAGUACUAGGUUUAUAUACCAGUCUGGA